CUGUGUCUUCUGUCAGCUGUUGCACCUCACUCUGAAACCAUGGCCAAGGACAUGACUCUGCUGUGGGGCUCCGGCUCUGUUCCCUCUUGGAGGGUGAUGAUCACGCUGGAGGAGAAGCAGCUGCAGGGCUACAACCAAAAACUGAUCUCCUUACAGAAAAAGGAGCACAAGACCCAGGAAGUCCUGGACAUAAACCCCAGAGGUCAGGUUCCUACCUUCAAAUGUGGGAACCAUAUCCUGAAUGAGUCCUACGGCGCCUGCUUUUUCCUGGAGAACCAGUAUAAGUCCCAGGGAACCAAGCUGAUUCCUGACUCCCCCGAUGCACAAGCACUGGUGUACCAGCGCAUGUUUGAGGUUUUGACACUCCACCAUAAAACAGUGGAUGUUUUCCUUUACAACUACUUGGUACCAGAGGGGGAGAGACACGACGCUGCUGUUCAGAGAAACAGGGAGGCUCUGGCAACUGAGAUCAAGCUGUGGGAGGGAUACCUGAAUAAAACGGACUGUUGUCUGGCUGGAAAAGAAUUCACACUGGCUGAUGUUGUUUUUUUCCCAAGCGUUGCUUUUCUAUUCCGCCUUGGGUUAAGUCGUGAGCGUCACCCUGUACUGGCAAAAUAUUACAACUCUCUGAAAGACAGACCCAGCAUCAAAGCCACCUGGCCUCCUCACUGGCAAACCAGCCCGGAAUUGGACAUGUUGAAAACCAUCUGAGAUCCAAAUCCUGCUCAGUGGACACACUAACGUUUCCUGUUAUGAUUCGAUAUGUAACCACUUCUUGCAUUGCACUACUUUUUCAAAAACUACACUUUUGCUAUGAAGAGCAAUUUUCUGCAAAAUGUAAAACAGGAGAAACUCAAAUAUAAUCCAGUAAAAUAUAAAAGACUGGAGCACUCAAUAAUUUGUAUGAUUGAGUUUAUUUACAUGUGAGAAUAAUAAUGUUAGUACCAACUUCAUGUUUUACUUAUACAGCUCCUAUGUCCCUUAUAUGUAUGUAUGUGAUGUGUUAUCAACUCACCACACACACACACACACACACACACACACACACACACACCCAGUGUUUAUCAGGUUUUUAGAUAAUGCACUAAUUCGGGUCUGUGGUAAACUAAUUAAAGUUGUCAUUGCAAACAAUCA